AUGGGCAAGAAAGCACAAGGAGGAAAGACUAAACCCAAAAUCGAUGAGAAUGGUACUUUAAUAGUACCGCCACCAAGAACGAUUGCUAACCAAGAUCAUUUCCAUAGAUUAAACUAUCUCUACCAAAUAUCCGCUUAUCAAACAAGGACAAGGCCGAAAGCGGGUGCGAACGCACAUAUGCCAUUGGCACGCAAUUAUAUCAAAUCAAUGGACUUAAUUAGUAAGAAAACAAAGACAUCCCUGCUUCCUACAAUAAAGAGGACAAUUUGUAAAAAAUGUCAUCGGUUGCUAUGGUCCCCAAAGGGACUUGAAAUCACCCGCGACGGAGCACUAUCGGUAAUGUGUGGGUGUGGUACCGUCAAACGCUACAAUAUUACUGCUAAUCCCAAUUACAAGACCUACCCAGAAAGGGAGGGUAACCUGCUAAAUCCUUAG